UUUUUCAUAUCAGAUUUCUUAUUUGUUCAUAAGAAAUAACAUAAUACAUAAUCAUAAAACACUGAAAAGGUCCAUGUGAUGUUUGACCUUUGACCUGUGUGUGUUUGUGAACAGCAGUCGGCCCGUACCUCCCCGGGCAGCGUUUGUUCUCUGCAUGGAGGAGGUGUUCCUGGAUCCCCGGCGGUCACUAUAGUGGCCAAAAUGGACAAUCAAGUGAUUGGAUAUAAGGAUCUAGCAGCUAUACCUAAAGACAAGGCCAUUCUGGAUAUAGAGAGGCCUGACCUGAUGAUGUAUGAGCCCCACUUCAGCUAUUCACCGAUGGAGAGGUCAUUAUCUCCUCGUUCAAUCUCCCCUCCUCCAUCCCCAGAGAACAGUCUAUCAAAGGAUGUCUAUCAGAGGGAUUGGUCAGAGCCCAAGUCUUCAGGCAGCUCGUCUCCAGCGUCCACACAGCUGAGUAAAAGCAUCACCGUCAGCACAAAAGUCCCACACCAGCAACAGCACUUCCACAGGCCAGACAAUGGAACCGACAUAUACAAGAAGCCACCAAUAUAUAAACAAGAUGUCUCAGCAGCCGCUCCACACAGUAAACACAUGGAGGAUUUAAUCAUUGAGUCUUCAAAGUUUCCCGCCGCACAACCUCCAGACCCCAACCAGCCCUCUAAGAUAGAGACGGACUACUGGCCCUGCCCUCCCUCACUAGCUGUUAUCGAGAAAGAGCGGAGGAAGAGUGUGGCGUCCAGGGUGGCUGAGGGAGAGGAGGGUGAGGAGGAUGAUAAGUAUGAUGACAGUGAUCUUUCUGAAGACAUGUGGAGACUUCGGCAAAUGCAGAAACAAGAGCUCAACAAGAUUCAAUCCAAUCUAGGAAAAUUGAUACUAAAGGAGGAGAUCGAAAGUACAGCCCCUGUCCGAAGGAAAACACGGUCUCUGCCCGACAGGACACACAUGCAUCUGGCCUCCAAAUCCCCCUCAUUUCCUUCCUACACUAAGACUGGCCUGACUAGGCUCCAGUCUGCAGAGUUCUCCUCUUCAAACAGUGAUAAAGGGAGUCAAAAUUUCCAGAACGGAGAUGCCCAAAGCAGAAGCAUAGACAGAGGGAAUUCACUCCCUAGUAUGCUGGAACAAAAGAUUUACCCAUAUGAGAUGCUCAUUGUGACACACAGAGGCAGAAACAAGCUCCCUCCCGGUGUAGACAGGACAAGUCUGGAGAGGCACCUGUCACCUGAGGAAUUCCAGAAUGUCUUUGGAAUGUCCAUAGAGGAAUUCGACCAGCUCUCCCUUUGGAAGCAGAACGUCCUGAAAAAGAAAGUCUCUCUCUUCUAGUAGUCAGAGAAAUACGUGCUUUUACAAACACUGUCACGCGUCUGCACUUCCGCUUGUGAAAACAGUACAGGCGAUACAAGUUAAGGAAAGAUGAGGAAUGUGAUUAUGGAGCCAGCAAAAAAAUCAGUUAUCCUUAUCGUUUGAUAAGCCCCAUAUCUGAUUGCAGCUAACAAUCAUAUCCAUGACUUUGAUGUCGUCUCUUUUUCUAGUUGCAGCUACUAUGUCAGGACUUCACUGAGGUUCUUUUCUGUGUGUGCUUAGUAAAGCUAUAAUGAUAUACACCGAUAUGAAUGCUACGAAUACACAUGAAACAGAUAUGAAUCACACCAGUUAUUUGAGCAGACCAAAUCCCUGCAGAACAUUUCAGAUGGACCAGCAGGAAUCUGUUAGUUUAAGUCACUGCCACACUUUUCAGCCUUUAUGUGCUAAUCAUGAAUUAACAAACCUUCAGAAUAUGGGUCAGUGACUUUUUUUGGUCCAGAUUUAUUCAUUCGUUAAAAAUAGAUUUAAAAUGCAAUUUAUACAUAGAAAGAGUUGAAUAAACCUCUUCUUUGAUGAGCAUGAUUUUAUAUUCUGAAUU